AUUUCUGCAGCUAGUUAAGCUUAAUAAAGCACUUGCUGAUGCUGAGACGACAAUAAAACUCAAGCCAGAAUGGUAGCACCUAAGAGCAUCAUCUCCUAUCCACAGGACAAGGCGAUCAAGAGGUACAGCGUGAAGAACAUCGUGGCAGCGGAAGGCAUCAGGAAUUUCAACGAGGCGUGCGUCCUUGAAGGUUACCAUCUGCCCAAGAUCUACAUCAAGGAGCGCUGGUGCAUAGGCUGCGCCAUCCAUAGGAAGGAAAUCGGUGUCCGCGCCCGUAAGGAACGCAAGACCCGCGCACCACCGGGACGCCUCGGCCGCAGGGCUACAAAUUAUGGAGAUGCAGAAAUGGGACAAAAUAUAUUCUCAUUUGUUAUCAGUGUGAUUGAAUCAGCGAUAAAGGUUUGGCAUGACACAGGAAAGGUGGAUGCAAAGGUCAAUUUCCUUCUUGAUGAUCAGAAGACUCACACUGAAAAAUAUGCCCCAGUGGUUAACAUUGAGAAGGCCUUUGAGUCAACUCAUACCCAUAGCAGUUGUUUCGCAUAUUUGCGGCAAUACUCUGAGGAAUCUUUUUUGAAGGCUGCUUGUAUGGUAGCACCUAAGAGCAUCAUCUCCUAUCCACAGGUCUGGAAAGGGCAAGGGUCAAGAAAAUGGAAGCUGGACCAGAGUGAUGGGUUCUUUGUACAAUUUGAAUCACCAAAUUUACGGAAGAUAUGGUUUGUUGCUAGCACAACAGAGAAGGGACGAGCAUUGUGCAGGCGAGGCAAGGUGCUCUUCUCCAGGCGCAGUUUGAAGACGACGACGAGAUGACGAGGGAGGCAGCACAAGGCGCGAGAAGGUGCUCCUCUGCUGCGGCGAACGGCGAUCAGGCGAGGGAGGCGAUGGCGGGCGAACGGCGACCAGGCGAGCCCCAAGAACGAGCACCACGAACGGCGACCAGGCGAGGCCCACGAACGGCGAUCAGGCGAGGCAGGCGAUGGCGGCGAACGGCUACCGGCGAGGCCCAAGAAUGAGCACCACGAACGGCGACCACGCAGGCGAACGGCGAUCAGACGAGGCAGGCGAUGGCGGCGAACGGCGACCAGGCCAGGCAGGCGAACGGCGAUCAGGCGAGGGAGGCGUGCGUGCGUGGGUGAUAUUGUAAUCAACUAUGGACGAGCGUGCGUGCGUGGGUGUGUUUGAUUCAACUGUUUUGUUUUGACCACGAGGUGGGGAGUGGAGAAAAUGACCACGAGGUGGGGAGGUACCUGAUUGGUUUUUGGACGGGGAGAAAAAAAUCCGUUUGGUUUUUGGA